AGAUUACAUUAUAGAAUUGUUUGUACAUUUCACUUUUUGAAAGUAAUAUAAGCCCUCGACAUGAGUCUCGGGAUUUAAUCCUCAAAUUUAGACACUUGACUUUCAAGUCAGGAUUUACCCAAGGGACGUAAUUAGUAUGUUUGAAAUCUAUUGGUUGAUUUGAAUUUAAACAAAGACAUUUUUGAAAAGAGUUAGCGCCAGAGAAUUGGAGGUAGUAAAGUCAGUCGAUAAAAUAAUGCCUUUGUAGUCAGUCACGUUUCUAGGAGCUUUGAUCUAAAGCCUUUGUAAUAUGUUCCAUGCUCAUUGAUUUGUAAUUUGUACAUAAACUGUACUUACGUUGUAUUUAAUAAAGUUCCAGAGUUUUGUUUUAUCAAAGAAUCGUCAAUUGUGAUUCUAGAUCGUCAUUUUUGUUAGCUAUUGAAUUCAAGUAAAAUCCCCGGCAUAACAACACAUCAUACCAUCAAAAGGUUGUCACAUCUGGCACAAGUGUUGUUACAUUGGCACUCUCCGACUAACAAAAGUUCAUGGACAACUUUUAACGAAAUUUAUUCAAGAUCUAGGACCAAUUUCUAAAACUCUUCAAAGGAACUUCAUUCUUAUUUAACGGAGGACAGAAUUUCUGUGUUUAACAGGUCAGUUGGUUAUCGAUAAUUCUUUUAUAAAGAUUUUCGUUAGAGUUACGUCUAACUCACGAAAUCUAUUAUUAUAUGUAAUUGGCAAAAGGAAUAAGACCAAUAUACAUAAUAACUGGCAUUAUAAAAAAGACCAGUAACUCAAAUAACUGGCAAUAUAAAAGACCAGUAAAUCAAAUAACUGGCAUUAUAAAGAAGACCAGUAAAUUAUCAUUUGUGCAGCACAAAGUAAACAGAAGACCAGAUUUAACCAACUGUUAAACCAGUAAAAAGUACUCGGCUCAAUAGAUCUAUAUAUCUAAAAAGUACUCGGCUCAAUAGAUCUAUAUAUCAAUCAUACGACUCCAGUAACUACAAGUCUACUGUCAAGAAUUUAUUAGCAAAUUGAGGCUUCAAGAACUUUGUCACUAGAUCUAUAUUAUUAUAAUAUCUGAGAUAAAGCCAAAAUCCAGAUAUUGAACAUUUUGCUACAAUACAAGAAACUAACAAAAAAAAAUUAAAUAUGGCUUCCAGCUCUAGAACACAACGACUCCAGUAGUACUUCUACUGUAAAACAAAGUUAUACUUCAUAGCCAGUUACGGCAUAACUAACAUUGAUUUGUUAUAUUCAAAACGUUACUAUAUUUCUACAUUCCAAGUUGGUAUAUUUUUCAACAUGUCUCCAAAGACAAGAACACAAAGAUGGUUAGAAUUAUUCGACAUAGCUAAAGAAAAACAAGUACCUAAACCAGAAGAAUGGGUUCAUCGACAGGAAGAAAAAGAAUAUCAAGCAAAAGUACAUUGUAACAUGACUUCAACAACAGACAUAAUAGGUGAAGCCAUAGCUUUAGCAGAAAAACUCAACAUUCCUUCACAUGAACGAGAAAGAUGGUUUGAUAAUAAAUUAGCUGAGUUCGACAGAGAAAAUGACAGAAGACGGCAAGAAGAACUUAAACGAGAAUUAUUAGAAUUGAAAAAUACCGAAUUCAAAGCUGAACAAAAGAAUGAUGCAACAUUAACAAGAAUAUACCAGAAAGCUCAAUUAAGAAAGCGUACAGCAUAUCUCGAAGAUGGAUUUCUCAAGAAGAUUACUUUCCACAAGUACAAUGUCAUUGAACAAAUAUAUGUACCAAAGAAGUUCAGAAAACAAAUAAUUAAAGCAAAGCAUGAAUUUUAUGACACCAUACAUAUGAGUGUAACAAGUACCAAGAAGAGAAUUGCCAAAGAAUAUUAUUGGCCUAGCUUGACCAAAGAUGUCAAGAAAUACAUUAAUAAAUGUUUACAUUGUCAAUGGGAUUAUGAUGAGAAACAAACUCAAAAGAAAAGCAACAUAACUAAAACAAAGAAUGAACCAGACUACAAAGUCAGAAUUGACAAUGAAUCUAUGAAUCAUGACUCAAGCAAAUCUACAGGGACAUCACUGCCUACUACAUGUCCACCCCUACCUGUUACUACAUGUCCAUCCCUACCUGCUACUACAUGUCCAUCCCUACCUGACAAUACAAGCCCAUCCCUAACGACUGAUGAUGACUUCAUGCAUCAAGACUUGAAUAAGACAGCAUCUGCAUCAAAUACUAUGAUAUGCAUUGAACAUUUCUGCUACAAUCAAGACAAGUCUCAUGAACCAGAAGCAGAUACUUAUAUUCAAUCAACUUUGGCUAUACCAGACAAAAGAAAAACUAUGCAACUUGACUCUAACACUCAUACAAGUAUUCCUCAUUUGAAAGAAUGUGAGUCAACUCAAGAAGCCAUUACAACCAAGAACAUUGAAAGUCAAAGGAUAUUACAUGAACACAUGAAAUCAAGAUAUUUUGCUCAAGGAGAUCAAGUCAAUUUACUGUUACCAGAUUGGAGUAACAAGCUAUUCUACAAAUGGCAAGGUCCAUUCACCAUCACCAGAAAGAUUUCCAACCUGCUUUAUGAAAUCAAUGUCAACAAGUUUACCAGAGUAUUUCAUGUUCAUAUGUUUGAACAUUACCAUGAAACAGAUAAUGAAGACAUCAAAGCAGAAGUUGAACAUUUUACAAGCUUAGCAACUAUUCCUGAGGAAGAAGAAACAUCAUCAACACCCAUUCCUGAGAUAGAUGUUUCAUUACCGACAUCAAAUAACAUUGACAUUCCCAAGGUCAUCACUCUGAAUGACAUAGCAGCAGCAAAUCAAAGUGACAUUCCAAAGGUCAUCACUCUGGAUGACAUAACACUACAAACAGUGAAAGACACUAAAGUGUUUACAAACUAUGCAGAUUUCUUUACCAGUGUUUCUGAAACAUUUCCAGUACUGCAAUUUGAAAGUAACUCAGAAAGCAAUAACAUUGACAACACCAAGUUUCAUCCUCAGUCCACUCAAGGGGCAACUUUUCUUCAGAAAGGAACAAAUGAACUUCUUCAACAUGGCUGUAUCGACCGAUUGAACUCAGACAUGUUCAGUCAUUGCUCUAUUGAACAUUCUAAUGCAAAGCAUUCUGCUACCAUUGUUCUACAGCGUCAAAGUUCAUCAACCAGAAAAUUGAGUUUUGGUUUCGGACAGUUCUUAUUUUCCCCAAACUCAAACGCGGUUCAAUCAGACAUUAUCUGUGAGAUCAUUAUGACAUGGAGACAACAGCUUCAUAAACUGAAAGACCUUUUCUUCAAGUUUAGAAAACGCACAUCCAUGUUGGCAAUUCAGAAGGGUUCCGAACUUAACAUUUCUACUUUACAUAUGUACUAUAGCAUAUGUAGUGUCACUUGAUCCAUUAUCAUUCAUACUCGUCAAGGAAGAACAGUAUUCAGUAGUACUUAAUCAAUUAAUUUGUUUACUCACUUUUUCCACAGGAGUUCUAUAUCAGAUGUUGUAUUUAUUUCAGCACCAAGCAACCCACUGAGGAAAGUCACUCAUUCAAGAUACUUUGUUUAUUAUGUUUCAGCAUCUUUGCAUAUGACAUGCAUCAGACAUUUUAAUUUUUAAAUCAUGUGCAUUUUAUUUCAGGUAUUUUAUUUCAGGUAUAUUAUUAUUGCAUAUAUCUUAUUAUAAUAGUACAGAUACAUGACUUAUAAUUGAAAUUUUUUAUUGCUUCACACAUGUUGAGAUUUAUUUCACAUUGAGUAUUAUUUUUCAGAAGAUUGUCAUGUAUACAUCAUUUUUUUCUAUGUCAAUUUUUCAUAUGCAAUAUAUUUUUCCAUGUACACAUUUUCACAUUAGUACUAACCAAAUGAGUUAUAAUGUCAUAUUUUAAUAUUAUCAUGAAGCACCAUGAAGAGAAGUAACCUAUUCAAUUCAAGAUUUAAUUUAUCCAAGUAUUAUGCUUUAUACAACUUUUGAUGUUAUUCAUGACAAGCAUUGUCUCAUUUUCAUAACCACUUGAAUAGUAAGACAGGUAUUCAAAGUCAUCAAUAAUUUUAUUCACUGCAUUUACAUUUUUUAUUAUUGUUGUUAUCUCCAAGUUGACUUUAUUUUGUCAUAUGUUACCUCAACCAUUUUUCUAUAGUUUCAUGUAUGGUAUUUUAUGUAUACAUAUGAGCAUUUCUAUUACCAUACAAAUGCUAAAUGGAGAGGGGGGGUAAUAUGUCACAGAUUACAUUAUAGAAUUGUUUGUACAUUUCACUUUUUGAAAGUAAUAUAAGCCCUCGACAUGAGUCUCGGGAUUUAAUCCUCAAAUUUAGACACUUGACUUUCAAGUCAGGAUUUACCCAAGGGACGUAAUUAGUAUGUUUGAAAUCUAUUGGUUGAUUUGAAUUUAAACAAAGACAUUUUUGAAAAGAGUUAGCGCCAGAGAAUUGGAGGUAGUAAAGUCAGUCGAUAAAAUAAUGCCUUUGUAGUCAGUCACGUUUCUAGGAGCUUUGAUCUAAAGCCUUUGUAAUAUGUUCCAUGCUCAUUGAUUUGUAAUUUGUACAUAAACUGUACUUACGUUGUAUUUAAUAAAGUUCCAGAGUUUUGUUUUAUCAAAGAAUCGUCAAUUGUGAUUCUAGAUCGUCAUUUUUGUUAGCUAUUGAAUUCAAGUAAAAUCCCCGGCAUAACAACACAUCAUACCAUCAAAAGGUUGUCACAUCUGGCACAAGUGUUGUUACACUGACUAACAAUACUAAAGCCUU